AUGGCGCAGAUGGAGAUAGAUAGAGGGCGGCGGAGAGAUGAGGGCGAGAGCGAGGAUGAGGUCGAGGUUGAAAGUGCCGGCGUCGUCGAUGUUUCGCACCUGAUACAAGAAAAGGGAAGAAAACUGCCUUCUGCCACCGCUCGCCGCCUUUUCGGCCUUCAACUCUACUUCGACUUCAUCGAAACAACAACAUCAUCAUCACCAGAAGACGACAACGCAAAAGGCUGCAGCAGCAAAAGGCUCCAGACUCCACCGUCACGGCCGUCAGCCAGUGAGAUAUAA